AUGGAUUCCGCAGUGGACAUGAACGAUGCGUCCAAGGUGUUGGACCUAUCCCGGAUUCGCUUCCAACUGAUCCGUCUAGAAGAUACAAUCACCUUUCACCUCAUUGAGCGAGUCCAAUUCGCCCUAAACAAGACCAUCUACACCCCCGGCGCCCUCAAGAUCCCCAACAGCAACCUCUCCUUCUUCGACUGGUACUUCUCCGAACAAGAAAAACUCCAAUCCCUCAUCCGCCGCUACGAAUCCCCCGACGAAUACCCCUUCUUCCCGGACGCCGUCCAAACCCCCAUCCUCAAGCCCCUCAACUACCCCAAGAUUCUGCACCCCAACGACGUCAACGUCAACGACAAGAUUAAAAACUUCUACAUUGAAAAGUUCCUCCCCGCCGUGUGCCCCGACUUUGGACGCGAAGACCGCGGCGAGUCGCAGGAGAAUUACGGCUCAGCGGCGACGUCCGACUUCGCGUGUCUGCAGGCGCUGUCGCGGAGAAUUCAUUUCGGCAAAUUCGUCGCGGAGUCGAAAUACCGAUCUGAUCCGGAGAAGUACAAGAAGUUGAUUUUGGCGAAUGACCGGGUGGGCAUUGAGACGAGCAUUACGAAUAAGGCGGUGGAGAAGUCUGUGCUGGCGAGGUUGCGGCUCAAGGCUUUAACGUAUGGCAAGGAUCCGUCUAUUUCGGAUGAGUCUGAGGAGCAUGUGAAGAUUGAUGUGGAUGCGGUGGUGGCCAUGUAUGAGGACUUUGUAAUUCCGUUGACCAAGGAGGUUGAGGUGGAGUACUUGAUGCAGAGAUUGGAAGGUGAACAAUAG